GGCGCUGCGGGCACUGAGGCGGCCGAGGGGCGGUGAGAGCGGCGGCGGCUUCCGCGUCGGGCGGGGGGCGGCGGGCGGCGCUCGGUACCGCACGGGCAGCACCGGCACCGGCGGCGUCUGAGAGGCGGCGGUCGUUGUGCGGCGCGCAGGGAAUGCGCCUGUGAGGGCGGCGGAGGAGCGGGUGCGGGUGAAGCCCGGGCGGAGCGGAGCGGAGCGAUGUCCCAGCCCCAGCAGCCGCCGCCGCCGUCCCCUCAGCAGCAGCCGCAGCCGCCGCCUCCGUCCGCCUCCAAGAAGCGAGACCGGCGCAUCUUCUCGGGCACCUGCCCCGAUCCCAAAUGCCAGGCGCGGCUGUUCUUCCCGGCGCACGGGCCGCAGGGCAGCGGCAGCAUCGAGUGCACGGACUGCGGGCGGCGCCACGAGCAGCGGCAGCUGCUGGCCGUGGAGGAGGUGACGGACCCCGACCUGGUGCUGCACAACCUGCUGCGGAAUGCGCUGCUGGGCGUCAGCGGCGCCGGCCCGCCCCGCAGGAACACUGAGCUCGUCAAAGUCAAUGGCCUCUCCAACUACCACUGCAAGCUCCUGGCCCCCAUCCUGGCCCGCUAUGGGAUGGACAAGCAGACUGGCAAAGCCAAGCUCCUCACGGAGAUGAACCAGGGAGACAUCUUUGACUGCUCCCUCCUGGGCGACCGCGCCUUCCUCAUCGAGCCAGAGCACGUCGAAACCAUGGGUUAUGGGAAGGACCGCUCCGGCAGCCUCAUCUACCUGCACGACACCCUGGAGGACAUCAAGAAGGCCAACAACAGUCAAGAGUGCCUCAUUCCUGUCCACGUGGAUGGAGAUGGCCACUGCCUUGUCCAUGCAGUCUCACGAGCGCUUGUUGGUAGGGAACUGUUCUGGCAUGCUCUCCGAGAGAAUCUAAAGAAGCAUUUUGAGGCGAAUCUAAGCCAUUACAAGGCACUUUUCCAUGACUUUAUUGAUGCUGCAGAGUGGGAGGAUAUUAUCAAUGAAUGUGACCCUUUGUUUGUUCCUCCAGAAGGUGUGCCAAUGGGCCUUAGGAAUAUUCACAUCUUUGGUCUGGCCAACGUGCUGCACCGGCCUAUCAUCCUGUUAGACUCCUUGAGUGGAAUGCGAAGCUCUGGAGAUUAUUCAGCAACAUUCCUGCCUGGUCUGAUACCUCUGGAAAAAUGCAUGGGGAAAGAUGGCAUGUUGAACAAGCCGAUCUGUAUUGCAUGGAGUAGCUCAGGACGUAACCAUUAUAUUCCUCUGGUUGGAAUAAAAGGUGCUGCUUUACCUAAGCUGCCUAGGAAACUACUUCCUAAAGCCUGGGGAGUUCCUCAAGACCUCAUCAAAAAGUACAUCAUGUUAGAGGAGGAUGGUGGUUGCAUUAUUGGAGGAGACAGAAGUUUGCAGGACAAGUACUUGAUGAGGCUUGUUGCUGCAAUGGAGGAGGUUUUCAUGAGUAAGCAUGGUAUCCACCCCAGUCUUGUAGCUGAUGUGCAUCAAUAUUUCUACAGAAGGACUGGUGUAAUAGGGGUCCAGCCCGAAGAGGUCACUGCAGCUGCCAAAAAAGCAGUGAUGGACAACCGCCUUCACAGGUGCCUCAUCUGUGGGGCUCUUUCAGAGCAUCACGUUCCCCCAGAGUGGCUGGCUCCUGGGGGGAAGCUGUAUAACCUGGCAAAAAGUACUCACGGCCAGCUAAGGCCUGACAAAAAUUACAGUUUUCCCCUGAACAGUUUGGUGUGUUCUUACAACCCUGUGAAGGAUGUGCUGGUACCAGACUAUGGCCUGAGUAAUUUGACUGUUUGUAACUGGUGCCACGGUAACUUAAUGCGUCGUGUCAGAGAAGAUGGGUCUGUUCUGUAUAUUGAUGGAGACAGAACUAAUACUAGGUCUUCAGGUGGCAAAUGUGGCUGUGGAUUCAAGCAUUACUGGGAAGGGAAAGAAUAUGACAAUCUGCCUGAAGCUUUUCCUAUAACUCUAGAGUGGGGUGGAAGAGUGGUGAGAGAGACUGUCUACUGGUUCCAGUAUGAAAGUGACACCUCUUUGAACAGCAAUGUGUAUGAUGUCGCCAUGAAACUUGUCACCAAGCACUUCCCCGGUGAAUUUGGUAGCGAGAUUCUCGUGCAGAAAGUUGUCAACACAAUACUGCACCAAACUGCCAAAAAGAACCCUGAUGAUUAUACCCCUGUAAAUAUCGAUGGUGCUCACGCCCAAAGAGCUGAUGAUGUACAGCAAGGACAAGAGUUAGAGUCGCAACUUCCAACCAAAAUCAUUUUGACUGGACAGAAGACUAAAACUUUGCACAAGGAGGAAUUGAAUAUGAGCAAGGCUGAAAGAACUAUUCAGCAGAACAUUGCGGACCAGGCUUCCGUAAUGCAGAAACGGAAAAGUGAAAAAUUGAAACAAGAGCAGAAAGGGCAACCCAGGACUGCUUCUCCUGGGGCUGUUCGUGAGGGGCCCUCGUCUGCACCUGCUACACCAACCAAAACCCCUUAUUCUCCAACAUCUGCAAAAGAAAAGAAAAUUCGAAUAACCACCAACGACGGGAGGCAGUCAAUGCUUACCUUGAAGUGCACUACCACCUUCUUGGAACUCCAGGAAGGCAUAGCAAGAGAAUUUAAUAUUCCCCCAUAUCUGCAAUGUAUUCGCUACGGCUUUCCUCCAAAAGAGCUUCUGCCUCCCAAAGAAGGCAUGGAAAAUGAGCCUGUUCCCUUGCAGCACGGUGACAGGAUUGCCAUAGAAAUUCUGAAGGGCAAGGAGGAAGGCAGGCAGGCUGCCUCAGCUCACUCAGCCCAUGCUGUAAAGCACGAAGAUGUUGCUGUGACCAGUAAGAUCUCGUCAAAAGAUCUGCAAGAGCAAGUUGACAAGGAGAUGUAUUCGCUCUGUCUUCUGGCAACACUCAUGGGAGAAGAUGUUUGGUCUUAUGCAAAGGGGCUUCCUCAGUUGUUUCAGCAGGGUGGAGUCUUCUACAGCAUAAUGAAGAAAACAACAGGUUUGGCUGAUGGCAAGCACUGCACUUUUCCACAUCUGCCUGGUAAAAACUUUGUGUACAAUGCAGCAGAAGACAGACUAGAGCUGUGUGUGGAUGCUGCUGGGCACUUCCCGAUCGGUCCUGAUGUUGAAGAGCUGGUUAAAGAGGCCUUAAGUCAAGUGCGAGCAGAAGCUGCUUCAAGAAGCAGGGAAGCAAGUCCUUCACAUGGAAUACUGAAGCUGGGUAGUGGUGGAGUAGUGAAAAAGAAAUCUGAACAACUACAUAACAUAACUGCAUUUCAAGGAAAGGGUCAUUCCCUAGGAACUGCAUCUAGUAGUCAACAACAUGAUCAAAGAGCCAGGGAAACACCACUUUUAAGAAAGCAUAGCACAGAAACGGACUUCAGUCCUUCUGCUAAAAUUGAGCCUUCUGUAUUCACAGCUGCUUCUGGUAACAGUGAGCUUAUUCGAAUUGCUCCGGGAGUUGUGACAAUGAGAGACAGCAGGCAGCUUGACCCCACUUUGAUUGAGGCACAGAGAAAAAAGUUGCAGGAAAUGGUCUCUUCUAUUCAGGCUUCAAUGGAUAGACAUUUGCGGGAUCAGAAUACAGAGCAGUCAGCAUCAGUUGAUGUAUCUCAAAGAAAAGUAGAGGCAGUGAGUUCAACUGCUAAAACUGGGAGCUUUCAAGCUGCCUUACCCGAAUCACUCUCUGCACCAAGUGGUACUGAACACUUGAAUACUGAAUCAACUGAUGGUAACAUGGUGAAUUCUGUGGGAACAACAUUCCCUGCAAGGUCUAAAGCACAAAAGGGAAGUUCUGUUGAGGAGCUUGAGGAGAUGGAUAGUCAAGAUGCAGGAAUCACUAAUGCAACUGAGCCAAUGGAUCACUCUUGAUAGGUUAAAAUCUAAUAAGGGUAGAAGAAAUUACUGUUCAAAUGUAAUGUUUAUUGGCUGGGCCACACAAAGUGAUUAGUUAUUAAAUCUUGUAUGUAUGUCAAAGAUUAUAUCAUCUUAUUCAGUGCAUGAUAAGCAUGUGAUUGGCAAUAGCUUUCAAUAUUACCAUACUGCUGCCCAGGCUGGCUCUGUUACCUGUAAACUAGUUAUUAGGAAAUGCACUGAGAUGAAUAUCUGCUGUACAUGUGGGUUCUUGAAAAUUCUUUGUAAUUUUUAAUUUCUUAGAAGUCUUAAAAUUUAAGCCCAUGCAAGGUUCUUACCAUGCUAGCUUAAGGUUACUGGAAGGGCUAGAACAGGCAAAACUAGAUACAUGGCAAAGUUAAUUCUGUCCCAGGUACUUAGUUCCAAUAAAAAAUACCCUAUUGUCAUAAAUUAGACAUACAUUUCAAAAGGUAACUGAAACUAAACUUCUGCUCAAUUUGAUAAUGCGGCAUAUACAGUGCUUUUAAUGACACUUUGCUGGCACUUCUCCAAUUUAAUAACUUUUUCAUUCAUAUCCUCCUCUCAGAAAUCUUGGACUAAGUGUAACUUCAGUAAAUUGAAGUCUAAGUUCUCCUAUUGUCAGUUAGAAAGCAAGUUAGAAAAAAGGCCACAUAGCAUAUGAUGAAGAUACAUUGCAUGUGGUGUGGUUAUGCAUGGCUGUCUGAGCCAGCACAACCAUUUUGGUGCUCUCUUGGUAGCAUUUCCUCCCAAAUACCAAACUGGUCAGGUGGUUGUGCAACUUUUGAGACAAUUAUGAGAGAGAAGUAGGCAAUUGCAAGUAAGAGCAAAUGUUCAAUGGCAAAUCCAUUUCUUUUAGAAGACUUAGAUUGCUAGCAUUGGUUAGAAAUGGCAAAAAUGAAAUAACAGCUGUCCUCUUAAGAGCAAAUUAACAAUUUAUUGGAAGGAAAUGACUCUCUAACACACAUUAUCCUAAAGUGGUUGGUGAUAAUUGAGCUUUUAGAAGCUCACUGUUUACUCUGUGGGAGCAAGGGAUACAUGCUGUUUCAGUGUCUAUAAAGACUACCCACCUCUCUCAGCCUCACUUCAGUUUGUGAUGCAGGUUUCCCUGCAUCAGUGAUAAUAGAGCUGGUAUCCACUUAAGUAGUGUGUUCAUCAGACCUGUAGUGCUAGUUUUUAAGAAGCAGCCAUUGUGCUUGCUCCCUAAGGAUGGAAUGUGUUUCUGAUACUGCACUUUGCUUCCUAUCUUCAUAGUCAUUUAAAUGCACUAUUGUUGCUUCUUCUUAUGGUAAAAUAACAUUGAAUGGAUGAAAAGAUGUUAAUAUAGCUUCAAAGGAAUUAAGAGCAUUUGAAUACUGAAGUCUGUGUUUGUGCACAUGUCGGUUUUUACCAGUUCACAAAUGUGGUUUGUGUUGUAUAUGUUUGUAUUCAGGAAAGUCUCCUCACUUUUUACAUUUCUAAUCACUUAAACAGUUCUAAGCAUUAGUAUGAUAAAAUGUCCCAUGGGGAAGGAUUUAUUUUUGUAUGUAGAACUGAAAUGAAGCAAGUCACUUAAAGAAUAGCCCUUCUCUUUUGUCAAAGCAAAUUAAAGUUACUCUGUUGGUUAACUUUUUAUGUAGAUGGUACAAAUAUUUUAUGAUUUCAUACACUACUUAGAGGUAAAAUAUAAAUACCACAUUUACAUAAAUAAAAAUGUUAAGAUCUCAAAUUGCUAUCCGGUAAGUUAGCAAUUUGGAAACUUGGAAUGUAUGAAGUAAUUGGCUUGCCAGAACUGACCUUGCUGAUGCACUGAUUAACUGGCAGGGCUUAUUCAGUGAGAAACAGGAUGCACAUGCAGCACCUGGAAGCCUGCCAUGACUUCUGAAAACAUUUAGUCUCCCAUGAAUCAGUCUAGCUCACUGAAGGCUACAUCUAUAUAGAAAAUGUUGAGUAGAGGCUUGUGCUUUGUCACAGUGUUAAAAAAGUACAGCAGUGACUUGUUCCUGUGAAAGAAUUUCAAUCAGGAGAGGCUGAGGGGGAGGAGUCCCUGGAUCUCUUGCAUUUUAGACCAGGUAACCAAUGCUUAUAUAGUUUCAACCUUUUCUUUAGGGGAAAAAAAGUCUUCCUUGGCUGGAAAAAUAAUGAGUGAGCAGUGUAUAUGAGAGAAUUUCAAGUUUGAAAUAAAUUGAAAUAUUUAUUGCACAUCAUUCUUAUUUCGAGGAAAAAUGCUUACUUCUUUCAUGCCUUUCUGGUAAGACUGCAGAAGUUUGUGUGCCUUUUACUGUGUAAAGAGGAAGGCUUGGUUUAGUUUUGACACACUUCCCAUUUCAGCAGUAAUUUGACAUUUUCCUUCUUAUCUAAAUAGACAUAGAAACAGAUAAUAGCUCUGUUUGACUCACCAUUAGUGUCAUCUUGGGCCCACUCAAGUCGUGUAGACAAGAACCCUCCAGUUCCUAAAGGAAGAUGGUCUCACAGGACUGGUAAAAUGGUGUCAGUCACAAGAUCUGCUGGUGUGAGUUCUGCAAGGCAGGAUUGUGCAUAUUUCUUUGCAGUGUUCUUAUCUCAUGUAGCUUUUUCUGCAUUUAAUAUCAGUGGUUUUGAGAAAGAUAGAUAGCUCUUGAUACUCUCAAGUGAAGCUAAACUUCAUCUACAUGCCAGUGAGAUGUGUGACUGCAGGAGAAGUGAAAUAAAGAACACCAAAGUGUGAGUUGGAACAGAUGUUUCAUUUGGUUGCUGGCAGUGGGUGCAAAUGUAAGUGGAGACAAAUCUGUGUGCCUGUCCAAGAAGCACCAGUGUGCUUGUAGAAUUCCUGUUAGAGUCAGGAAAAUGCUGGGGGGUACAAGGGCAGGGAAGACUUUGCCUCAUUGUGGAUGAGAAGAUGUGUCAGGAGGACUUCUCAAAUGUCAAGAAUGGUGCCCUUUUCUUGAAAAGUAAAGGCAACCAACCCAAAUUCUUGCUGCCAAAUUCAUGUCUGAAGGCCAAGGAUCUUCUAUGCUGUGUCUCAUGGCAAAGAAGACACAUUAUUAGAAAAUCCUAAAUGUUACUAUGGCUUAGUAUGUAUAACCCAAAGAAAAGAUGAUUGCUAAAAAUACAGGCCUAGUACAGAAAUAAAAAAGGGAAUGAACUAGAUUGCUGGUGAGCAUAUGGGAAACCUCGGGAGAACAGAUCAGUUUUCCAAGACUUUUACUACUUCAAAUGGCUGGCUGCUUAGUUGACUUUUUGAUAGUGCUGUUUCUCUGAAUUGUUUGCAUUUCAGCGAGGGAAAAUAAAUAGCAGAUUUUCAAAUGAAAUCAAAGAAAUGUAUUUGGGAUGUCUUCCUCUUGUAGUCACAAAACAGCUGUGUGCAUUGUUGGCUUUGUGAAUUCCAUGUAGUUUACUAGUCUUGUGCUGGCUGCAAAAUACAAGCUAGACGUUGCCUCUGACAGAGUGCUCUAGCAGUGUCACAGAGGCACAGUGCCACAGGGCUGUGUGCUAACAACCCUGCAAGGCCAAAAUACUUGAUUUACACUAUUUCAUAAAGUAGAAUCUGUUGUCAUUAUCACAGGGUUAGUGGAGUUGCUUUUUCAAUGCGCUGAAAAUGCCAGGUAACAAAAUUCUUGGUAUGUUUACAGUUGGGAGAGUGAUGCUCGAUCUGAGUUGUAUGGAAAAUGAAUGAUUUAAGAAGAUGCCACUGUUAUCUCUACAUUUGUUUGGCUCCUAUUUUUAAAUAUCAGAAUCUACAUGCUUUUGUAAAAUAAUAAUAAUAAUAUGAAUAUGAAGUUAAUCCUUUUGUUUAAAAAAGCCACAACAGAGAGUGGUUUCUUUGUUUUGCUUGUGAAUAUCAGUUUAGCUUCAUGAAGAAGUUGCUUAAGAUCUUUAGAAUGCAGGAUUCCCUCUGAGCCCUUAUGCCUGUGGUUGAGCAAUAAAAGGUUGAAACAGGAGUGGUAUUUUCAGAGUUAUUUUACGUUUGAUGAGGAUUAUUGCCAAGAAAUGAAAGAGUGCACUUUUAGGAGGGAAUGCUAUUUAAAAUGUAUAAAUAGGAAUUAAAAUAGUGUAUAUAUUUAGAAAAAAAUCUUUUUAAAAAGUAAGUGCUUUACAUGUUGAAUUAAAAAUAAAUUAGCAUAGAAACUAUACCAUCUUCACAGUACUGGCUGUUAUCCAGCAAGGUUUGGUUUGUUCUAUUUGUGAUUGCUGUACUAAUUAUAUUUGAUUUUUUUAUCAGUAAUGUAACAAUAGUGUAUUAUAACAGUAUAUAGUGUACUAUACUACACUUCACUGUACAGUAUUUGGAAUUUUCUUUGAUUGCUAUAUUAAAACUAUAAGUUGAAACAUC